AUGUUGCAAGGAUGUACAAAGGUCCAGAAGUUUUGUCAUGUCUAAGCUAUCCCCAUUUCUGGUCUUAAAACACUCUAUAAACUUGAUAAUAAAUGGCUUCAGUUUCAAAUAAUUAAACACCACAGAGGGGAUAGCUGCCGCUUGGAUUUGAGUGUGGAUUUUUGUGAUUUUGGCAAAGAGCCUGUAUGAAUGUGUUUUUAGUAUUCAUGCAUGUAAUACUGGCUCUGAUACUGUGGUGCAAUUAUGUUCAUGUAGACAAGGUAUAAAUUAGUAAUUCACACUGCAGCAAUCUGAACACUUGUUAGUCCUGAGUAAUUCAUGCAGGACUUUAUGUAAUUGAUCUGCAAUCAAGGUUUGCAAUCUUAUACUCUUAAAUGAUCCAGCAGGUAGCAAUUUCUUUCCAGUGUCUCUUAGUGAAUGUGGCAUGUAUUUCUUUAUUUGUUGAGAUGCAGUGGGAUUAUCAGUGUAAUUGUAUUAAACUAAGCUGAACAUAAAGUAUUCUCAUGAUAUAUUUCUCCCUGUAAAUAACACAAAGGAAAAAUGACUUAUUAGUACUUGCAUGAAAUAUUGGACCUAGAUAGCUCUGAAUCCAGACAUCCAUGUGCUCACUACUUUAGUUCCUUCUUUGUUUCUUUAGGCGUCUUUAUGCAUGUUUUUCUUCCAUAUUUAUGGUCUUUCUUAAUAGCAAUAGACUUUUUGGACUGCAGUGAACUGAAUACUUGGCUACAGUGCCCAUCACAGCAUUAACACACUUGACUAACAGAUUCACAGUGUGAGCUGGUGUUUGAUGGAGUUUUGCAGCUUCAAGUUGUUACAUGCUGAUUCAGUGGUGUGAUGUCAGGCCUAUUCACACUACAGGUCAACCAGUAUUGGUAAAAAAAAAAGUACAUAAAAUAAUAAUAAUACUAACUACAAUUGCAUAGCAUGUUACUUUUAAAUUUUCAAAAUAAGGCAAAUAAAAUGUACAUCCAGUGGAAAAAAAGAAACAAAAAAAAAAAGUUGUUUUUUUCCUUUUUUUGGAAAGCAGAUCAACACCUCUCUAAGAGUGAUACCACACCCAGUCCCUUACUCAGAAAAACCUUUGUUGCACUGACCACAGUUGACAGUUUCAACUUUGUUGCACCUUUAACCACACCCAGUGUGGUUUCCCAUCACUGUUGUAUGCCGCACUGGUGCCUGUGCCCAACAGUGAUGUUUGGGAUGCAGCCAGAACAUGCAGCAAGAUGAAAAUUUCAACUGCGGGAUGUCAGUAAAAGCAGACUUCUCAAUGUUUGUGUAGUCACUCUUUAAACUAAGAGAAAACAUUAAAAACUGACUCUCAAAAAUGGGAGAGAAAAACUGUAAAGAGGGAUUGAGCAAAUACAGGAAUACAGAUGUAAAAGUUCUGGUCAGUGUCAAAGGCCUGAAAAACACAAAAGUAGACACAUUGUAAACUUAUGAAUUACUUAUGGUUUAAUUAAUAUUUGCCAAUUAAUUCAAGAAGGACACAGGUUUCUGUUCUCUUUGACUCAAAGUGAAGUAGAAAGUUUUGUGCUUUUAAUGAGGCAGUGCCAUUGCACCACUAAAUCCAUGUAAAACCUGUGUGUCACAAUGGAUUUGCACUGAAGCGUGUAUUAACACCAGGAACGUCGAGCUGAAGGAAUCCCCCCCUCCUCCCCUUUUUUCUUGUCCUCUGGUCUCCUUUGACCUCUGAUUUAGUUUGCGGCAACUGGACACUACCAGCUUCAGGAAUGGCACUACUCCCAUGUCCACAAUGCCAUUUUGGGCCCAUUUGGGGAACUGAUGACAGAGGAUGAUCUAAACCGUAUUGAGAAGCAAAUUGAGAACCUGCAGGUCAUGCACAAGGUCUCAGAAGUCGAGAAGGAGCUGGGAGAUCUAGAGCGUGAGCUUCAACAGCUCCUACCAGUUUCUGCUGCCCUCAAUCAAGGGCAUUUCUCAGUCAAUCCAAAGCAGGUACAUGGCCAAGCUGAAGAUCUUCCAGCUUGGUGCAGCAAGAUCUCUACCCUACUCAAGAGUAUGGCUAUUCUUCUUGCCACCCUAGGGGGGAAAGAGAUAGACAUCUUGGAUCUUAUAUGUCCUGGAUAUUCUCAGGAAGAGGCAAGGACUGUGAACCCAGGUCAGUCUGAAACAGCAGCAUCAGCUGGCAAUGGAUUUAUUGGACGUUCUCAGUCCUUCUCAACAAGAGAGGAUGUGGAGAAGGAAAUAAAGCAGUGUGGAGUUUCAGUGAAGAACCUCAAGGCCAAUUAUGAAAUUCAGAGUCAGUCAGAGCCUGCAGACAACAAAACGAAUAGGGUGUACAAACGUAAGAGGUCACUCCCUGUGGUAAGUGAGUCUAGUUACCCACCAGAGACAAUUCAGGAAGAUGUUUCUUGUUCCUCUGCUACAAUCAUUCAGUCCAAUACCAAUGGAAAUGUACCUUUAGUGGAGGAAUCAGUCUUACCGCUUGUUGAAGAACCAGUUAUCAUCGCAUCUCAUGUUCCUCAGACAUAUGCACCCCCUGAGAUAAUGGCUUCAACUAACAUUGAACAGUUCAAUCAGAUUCUUUCUGCAGAUGCCAUUCUAAAUAACGAACAACUAACAAGAAGCUUGGAGGUGCAGACAGAUCUAAGCUAUGUCCAGGAGUGCAUUGAAAUUAGGAAAGAGAGAAUUGUUUUCCUGUUCCUUGAACACUGGCGGAAGUACACUAUCUCUGAAUCUUAUCGGACUAAAUAUUCAGGCAGGAGAGGUAAUCAUUUAGAUGUUGGCUGGGAGGACUACAACCAAUUUAGUGCACAGAUUGGUGAGGAGGUACAGAGUGAAGAUGACAAACUCCUUCUUUUCAUGAAGUCAAAGCAGGUAGUAGGCAAUCUGAUUGGCCACUGGAGGACAAUCAUGAGUCAAGUGCCCACACGCCAGAUCCGCAGGCUGAGUCGCACCCAGAUGAUCUACUGGCCAGAGCACUUCUUGCCACACAUCAACGGGUCACCUGUGAGCUACGAAAGCCUAACCCUUGACCUUUUCAUGCUUGGAUACUUCCAGUUGCUGGAAAUGAACAUGUCUCGCAGUGAGCGCAAAUUCCGCCACCUCUUGUGCUAUGAGAUGUUUGACCGUCUUGGUAACCGUAAGUGGGAGAUCAUAAGGCAGUUUCACAAGGAAGUCAUAGAGGAAAUUGAGAGAGGGAAGAGAGACUGGGCGGAUGGUUUUGAAGACAUAAAGCUUAAGUAUUUUGGAGACUCUGAUGAGGGGGGAGGUGUAAUGACAGCUUCUCUACGUUCCAUGUCUCCUGACAUGCCCAUUAUUCCAAUGCAGGAAUCACUCCCUCCCCCACCUUCACAUCCUCCACCUCCUCCCCCACCCACACAUCCUGCACCCCCACCUCCAAAUGCUCAGUCCUCUUCACCUGCAUCAUCACCACAACCUUACCCACCAACCUCACAAUCACUUGCUUCUCCAUCAUCAUCAUCAUCGUCAUCAUCAUUACCAUCACCUCCUGCAGCCCACGAUGGUGUAUUCAACAAUGGCCAUUGUGUGGAUAAGAGAAGCCUGAAGAACUCACUGGAGGACAAUGGUCAGGGGCAUGUAAAAGCCAGUGAGCAAACAUCAUCAAAUGAGUCUGCAGUUUCUAAUGGGAAACGUUCAGAGCAGGACCAAAUGCAGAGCUUGGCAACUGAAACUGUACAACACACUGAUCCAACAGCAAAAGUCAACACAAUACAGGACACAAGAGAAAGCUCAGAACUACAUCCAGUGAAAGAUGUUCCACCUGUCACUGUUAAAGUCAUAGAGGAACCUCAUGUUGAUAAACCCCCACCAAGAGAUGAACCUAAUGAAGACUCAAUCAAAGUGAUCUAUGAUCUAAAAGAGUUUAGCAAUGAAGAAAUCAUCAGAUAUAUUGACCGAAGCUUCGCUUUCUGGAAAGAAAAGGAAGCUGAGCUUUUUGAUAUCUAACAACUAUGGAUUAAGGGUCCACUAAAAGCCCAGUUCACCUGUACAACCAAAGAGGAAAGAGCAGGAUCAGGGAAACUAAUCUGGUGUGUUAGUGUUUAGGCCACAUAAGGGACUUAACUGCAGCAAAGCAAAGAGCAUCCACUUAGCUGUACUGACUUUAUCAUUUGCAUUUGCUUAAGUGGAUGAAAAGAAAGCAUGUGAUGUCAAAGAGACAUACAUUUGCUACAACCAUUUCAUUUUGAAUUGUGUUGAACCAAGAGCUCUUUGAAUCUAGUAUGAUCAAUUGCCAUGGUACACUGCUUCUGGGAAAACAAGUUUUUAAAGGAAAAGAUUUGCCAUAAAAGUUAUAGUGUAUUGUGUUUUAGAUCAUCUUUGUAAUGAAGGAUAUAACUGGUUAAACUCUGCACACUUUGUUUAUAUUGAGUAAUUCAGAUUCCAUUUCAUAUUGAGAUCACUAUUUCAGAAAGGCAAGGGACUACACAAGUGAACUCAGUACCUGAUUAAACACUUGAUAGAAAUAAAGCAGUUUAAUAAAACUUAAUCUUUCAUCAUUUCAAAACUGCAUUAUUUUACUUUGUUGCUUGAUUCAAGGGCAAUGCAAUCAAAGGUGGUUUGUAAGAGUUUCAGGUUACUAAGUGGUUCACAGAUGGUCCUUGUUUUAAAGUCUUUGAUUUUGUUUAUGCAAUGGGUGCCUUUCAGUAUACAGUGUGGUAAGUGCAAGGCAUUUUGUUACUUUUAUCAUUAGUAAUUCAGAACUUGAAAACUGCAAAUUGUUGUCAGCAAAUGGAAGCGUUCACCUGACAAUGCUAUUAUCUAAAUUAAGAGUUUGUAGUUGUUUUAUGAAGAAUGUCCCAUCGUUUUGUUACUAUUUAUAAUUGUUGAGUGUUUUGGAGAGAUUUGCUCAAACUUUCCAUAAUUUCAUUUGUGUUCCUGUAUUUUUUUUUUUAUUUCUAGUUUGCCGUUAGAAAUAAAGUUUGUUGACAUUUUUGUGA